GGGUAUUGUGGAUCAUGAAGAGGCAGCUAUUCAGGUGAGGAGCAGGUUCACUUGAUGCUUUCAGACCCCCUCUCCUCACUCGCUUCAUAAUAUACUGGAGAAAAAAAAAGGUUGUUUAUGGUCUCACACACGUCACUCUUCCCCUGGAGCUAUUCCGAGAAGUCACCGAAGAAGACACACUUUAGUUGGACUGGCAGGUCUGUGGAGAGGGAGAGCUGGGAGCGGCUGCACAGGAAAGACGUGAGGGGACGCGAUCACAGAUUCUUUUGAAAGGCUGCUGAGGUUUGGGAUCAGACCUUAUCAUGGAUGUACUCGCCUUAGAGGCAAAGAAAGAGACGACAGCAGACUCCGAUAAGAAAUCCACACCGAGGCCUAAGCCGAAACCUCCCAAAAAGGCCAAAAGGACAGUUUACUUUGAGGUGGAGAUUUUGGACUUGAAGACCAAGGAGAAACUCUUACUGCUGGAUAAGGUGGAGCCGACUGCCACUAUCUUGGAUAUAAAAGCCUUGUUCCACAAAUCGUAUCAAAAGUGGUACCCCGCCAGGCAAUCUCUGCGUCUGGAUCCAAAGGCCAAGUGUCUCAGGGAUGAGGAUGUUCUGCAGACACUUCCUGUGGGAACCACCGCCAGCUUUUACUUCAGUGACCUCGGUCCCCAGCUCACAUGGGGAACUGUGUUCCUGUCAGAGUGCGUAGGUCCACUGAUCAUCUACUUAAUGUUCUACUUCCGUCUCCCCUUCAUCUACUCCCCGAAGUAUGACUUCACCAGCAGCAAGUUGUGGGUCGUACACUUGGCCUCCAUGUGUCACUCCCUCCACUACGUCAAAAGGAUUUUGGAGACGCUGUUCGUCCAUCGUAUCUCCCACGGGACCAUGCCUCUCAGAAACAUAUUCAAGAAUUGUGGCUAUUACUGGUGCACGGCAGCUUGGAUGGCGUACUACAUUAACCACCCUCUCUACACGCCUCCCUAUUACGGGCCGCAGCAGAUGAACGCAGGACUUUACAUUUUCUUGGUCUGUCAACUGGGGAAUUUGUCCAUCCAUAUAGCACUACGUAACCUCAAAAUUACAGGUUCAAAAUCCAAGAAGAUUCCUUAUCCAACGAAAAAUCCAUUCACGUGGAUUUUCUGGCUCAUUUCUUGUCCGAAUUACACGUACGAGCUGGGCUCCUGGAUCGGCUUCACAGUGAUGACCCAGUGUCUGCCCGUGGCUUUCUUCACUCUCGUGGCCUUCAUCCAGAUGACCGUGUGGGCCAAAGGCAAACACCGCGGCUACUUGAAGGAGUUCAGAGAUUAUCCAACCCUGCGCUCGUCCAUACUCCCAUUCAUCCUGUAGAGCCAGUGGAAACAAAGGUCGCCACACACACCCCAGCUCCCCCCUGACUGGGUCCUUGUUGUGGCCCUCCUCCGUCCAUUUGGAUGUCAGACUGUGUCCUGAGGUGAACGGCAUGGAAACAUCUUGAUCACAUGAACUCCAUGAAGCAUGUCCAGCCAUUAUGCGGAUUUGCAGCUACAGACUGGUGAAUGCAGGACUGUUACUGGCAAAGGCAGGAAAUACAGAACAGUCUUAAUUUAAUGUAUGUGAAUUUGAAGACAGAGACGAAGACAUGUCCUUUUUAUUUUGCUACUUUGAUGAGUUGUAAAAUAUGUGAUGGAGAGUUUUGUUUGCAAUAUGUCCGUAGCUGUCCGCAGUCCAAUCAGUAAAGUUUCCCACAGAGCUGGGAAACAAAGGGGCUAAUCUGCAUUGUCAAACUAGUUUGCAGCCUGGAGCUCACAACUGUGUGGUCUCACGCGGCUCAGCACUGAUCUGACACAUCCAACUGACCUACACAUUAUUUAGCUGGAUUAGAACUUGUAUUCCGAUUCCUGGGUUUUUCACCUUGGCUUUACUGUCGACUGUACAUGAGCAUGAGUGCAUGUCUGGAAUAGGAAAAGUAACAGAGAGAACAACACUGUUCAUAGCAUGCACAGACACGUCCGCACAAAAAUACACCUCUUAGUCACACAGGACAAUUACAUUGCAAAAGCUAUAAGCUGAAAAAGGAAAAAGACCACGUUUCAGUCAUCAAACUUGUAUCCGUGUGUUAUGUGCAUUUCUCGUGGAGUCUGCUUUUUCCAACCUAUUACUGUUUUGUACUUAUCUGACAAUUUGUGCAGGUUUGAAUUCAUACACAGGAUAUUAGGAAAAGUUCAUUCAAAAUCCAGGCUGCAUCAGCUGAGCCUCCUUAAUAAAUGAGAGAUUUGGUUGAUAUUGAAAAUAGUCCUGCUGUAAUUUGAUUCU